AUGUUUUCUUGUGUGUGCUACCCCUGAAGUAGAUCCUAACAAAAAGAGUCGGCUUUUCCCCUUAGUACGGUCAGAAAUGUGAUGUGAUAUUUUUUCUGUGGUCAUAUUAGAAUGAAUCCAAUUUGACUCUUCAGGAAUUUGCUAGUAGUACGAAAGGAAGCUUUGGCCAGAUGCUUGCAGAUGCCAAUGCACAGAGUAACACUGCUGGAGCAACUCUCCAGGCAUCAGUGCCUGGGAAUCCAGUUGUCUCUAUGCCUGCAACUAAUCUGAAUAUUGGAAUGGACUUAUGGAAUGGGUCCCCUGCUGGCACUGGAGCUGUGAAGAUGCGACCAAAUUCUUCUGGUGUCUCACCACCUGCUGUUCCAGCAGCAAUGACUGCACGUGAAGGCAUGUUGCCCGAUCACCACUGGGUUCAAGAUGAACGGGAACUGAAAAGACAAAAGAGGAAGCAAUCCAAUAGGGAGUCAGCUAGGAGGUCAAGAUUGCGCAAGCAGGCUGAGUGUGAAGACCUACAGCAAAGAGUAGAGACAUUGAACAAUGAGAAUCUCGUGCUCAGAGAUGAGCUGCAAAGGCUUUCUGAGGAAUGCGAGAAGAUUACUUCGGAAAAUAAUUCCAUCAAGGAAGAAGUAACUAGAUUAUGCGGACCAGAUGCAGUCUCCAAACUGGAGAACAAUUGCAUUGCACCACAUCUGCAGUCUCAUGCCGAUGAAAGUAACAGUUGAGAAAUAUCAAUUUCAAGAAUAUUUUGCUGUGUUUACUCUCGGCAGAAAGAUCUCUUGUAAGUCCCUUGGGAUUCUAACUGUAGGCGGACGUAAUUGAUGUUUGUUACCCUUACUAAUCUAUAAGCUUAACCCUUCCUCUUCAUAUGUAACUGUAGCAUUUGUUUGUGAAAUUCUAACAUGAAUUGGAGCUCUGAUUACGCUAUUCUCUUGUUGUACGAGUAGACCAAUGAGAAAUAAUUUGCAUCGAGGGAUUAUUACUUCUUCAACUAUUUCAUAUCUUC